AUGGGGAAUGCGCUAGCUCGAGUCAUUUUCAGGCAGCCGGAGAAUCCACGUGGCCCUCCUCAGAACUCGGGGCUCAUGGACGAUCGAGAUCCAUUCGUAGUCAGUCGAACCACGUAUUUUGGACCAUUCUUUAUCGUCGCGGGAGGAGACAAUGUGGCCAUCAAUUCGAAUACAGCGGCCAUCUGGAGCUCGUUAUUGGGCAACAAUCAAUUGACUGAUGCUGAGAUGAGGAAUUUGAGAGGAACAUUCAAUGAGGCCCUAGUUAAUCUACAUCGAGACUCGUUACGUGUGAUAUCUGAUCCACCAUCCUCAACACCUUCACCAAACACAAAACACAAGAUAUCAUUUGAAUUCGACGCCGCAGUACCAUGUCAGAUACGAAUAUACCAGUCAUGCAAAGAGGUCGCUGUUAUCGGUCCAUCCGGAUCUCGAUCCACGAUAUACAAGACAUCAUCAGGUGGAAUAGCUGCUCCAAUAAUUUUAGGUUCCUUCCCUGUGGGACUGAAUCAGACGUGCACGUCAUCAGCAUUACUAGAUGCUAGCUCCCUGAUUGAUGAUGGUAUAGAUGAGGUUGUCGAACGGAUACCACAAGUUGUUAUAUCUGAUGGUGCUUCGUCCGUACAUGCUGAAAGUGCGAAUCGGGGAAAGAGGUUUCCAUUGAUUAUUGUUAUUGAGGGCGCUAAUGCCAUACAGCAUGCUGAGCCUGAGAUAUUGCCCUGCGCUACGCAGUCUACGUUUGUAUCGCUGGCUACGAACGAGCAUGGGAUGGUUGCUAGAGUUGCAAAGCAAAAAAUAAUGAUUGAAGGAAUCUCGUAUCUUGUGCAAGAAGUAUUCGGGUUUACGGACAGCCAAACAGCAUCACCAACCGAUAACCCAACAGCCGAACAAACUGCUGAAGACAACUCGACUCGGGAAUGUGUAGUGUGCUUAUCAGAGCUCAAGAAUACUGUAGUGCUCCCGUGCCGUCACCUGUGUUUAUGUACGACUUGUGCUAACGUCCUCAGGACUUCUGGAAGAUCGACUGCUAUACCGGCUUCAUAUUCUUCGAGAGCUGGACCGCCAAAGUGUCCUAUAUGCAGACAGCCAUUCUACGCCUUGUUACAACUGAAUUUGCCAGAUGAAGACGAAGCAGAAGAUGAAGUUGUGGUUGAAGCAGAUCGACGCAGAAGACCAUCGAUAUCUGAUAGUGUCAGAUCGACGGUCAAGCAAGCACUCGAUGCAGGAUAUGAAUGCACCGUACUAGUCAGAACUCCUUCAAAACUAUCAAAAUUUUCUGAAAAUGAAGCAUUCAAGGACAAGCUCAAGGUCGUUCAAGGCAAUGUGUUCAACGAAUCUGACGUCGAAAGGGCCAUGGAUGGUGGAAAAGUAGUAGUUGUCAAUCUUGGUGCAGACAAGGCAUGGUAUCCUGAAUCGGAUCCACAAAAGUAUGUGAGAUCAAAAGGAACUGCAAAUAUUAUCUCUGCUAUGAAGAAGGCUGGUAUCACCAAAGUGUUUCUGGUUUCUGCGAUUGGAUGUGGACCUUCCUCAACUGGAUAUGAUCGACUCUCCAAAGUCGCGAUGGUCCUUAUGAUGAAUCAGCUCAAAGGAGAACACGAAUUACAGGAAGAAAUGUUGAUAAAGUCCGAUUUGGAUUACAUUAUCAUCAAACCUCCAUGGCUGAAAGAUGGUGCUCCUACUGGAAAAUACAAAGUUGGAGAAGGGAUUGGUGGAAUAUCGGUUGAUCGAGAGGAUAUCGCAAAGUUUAUUGCUGAUACGCUGAAUGUGGAUACCUACAAUAAGAGGAGGGUGAACAUUCAGGCAGGUUGA